CAGAAACUUUAUUUUAUUCAAAAUUACUUUGUCGUAGUCAACUGUUUGUGUUAAAAAUUCGUAUAUUUUAACAAGAAUAUUUCUAUUCUGUGAUCCAACAGUGGUGUUUAACAAGCAUUUGAUAUCAUUGGAAAGUUUUAUCAGCGCCGAACUUCAGAGCGUUCUGCUAGCCGAGACCUUUACUCAUCGUUGACAAUACCUAUACAUUUGUCAUUCCUGUUCAUUGCUUGACAGACACUCAUCUCUCUACUGACCACCGGACAUUCAUUAACGUAUCCUCAUUACGGUCCAAUAUGACAUCUGUGAAAAUUUGUGAUAUUGGUGAUGAUGUUAAGGAUGCGUUAAAGGCUUUUCGUUUUCGCAAGAGUCAAAAGAAUGCAGCAUUGAUACUCAAGGUCAAUAAAGAAAAACAGAGAAUUUGCAUUGAUGAACAGAUAGAGGACAUUGAAAUUGAUCAACUGCAAGACUGCAUACCAGCGCAUCAACCACGGUAUAUUGUGUACAGCUACCGAAUGAAACAUCAAGAUGGUAGAAUAUCGUACCCAAUGUGUUUCAUUUUCUACACACCCAGAGAUAUUCAGAUGGAAUUACAAGUGCUAUAUGCUAGUAUGAAAUUAAUACUGCAGAAGGAAGCUGAGCUUACAAGGGUUUAUGAGGUCCGUGAGCUGGAAGAGCUUACAGAAGAUUGGCUUAAAGAAAAUCUCAGCAGGUAGAAAGUAACUUGAGUUAUAUGGCGGACCUAAUUUGUCAUCUUUCUAUGCAUUUUUAUGAUUUAUGUACAAAAUGUAAGGUGGGCUUUUUUGAACAGUAUGGGGAAUUUAUAAACGUAAUAUUCAUGAUUGUGGGAACCAUCGAUUAUAUCUACGAUCAGUAUUGUAUAAGAUAACCAUAGGAGUCGUUUUGAACAAAGUUUACACUGCAAGUAUUAAGAAUAAUGCAUUAUAAUCAUGCUUCAAAACAUCCAACAAUUUCCAAAUUAUAAUAUUGGAUCAAGUUCUUUAAUUUUCAUAUGUCCUUAAGGGCUAUUUAAAGUACCAGCUAGCUAACUUUUUUAUACAAGUUUUACAAAAAAGAUUACAAAAUCCGUCAACACAAAGAAAAUAGUUAUCGUAAUAGAUAUAUUUAUUCAAUUUAUAUAUUGUCAUUUACAACUAUCCAAAGAACUAGUCAACAUAGUGGGAGACAAUACAACAUUUCAAUCAUGUUUGAAGUACACCACUGGGAGGAAGAAUAAAAAAGUGAUUGAUA